AUGAAACACCUGAGGCACUUCUUCACCAGAUGGGGGGCCCCAGAGCAACUCUCUACUGAUGGAGGUACAAACCUUGUGAGUGGAGAAAUGACUGCGUUCCUCAAGAGGUGGGGAGUCGCGACCCGUCUCUCCUCCGCUCAGUACCCCCAAUCUAACGGCCGCGUGGAGGCGGCCGUGAAGACAGCCAAGAGGAUGUUGCGAGACAACACGGGGACCAGCGGCAGCCUAGACAACGACAAGGUGUCGCUGGCUCUCCUCCAAUACCUAAAUACCCCGCUGCGGGGAGGGAACAUGUCACCCGCACAGUUGACGACAGGCAGACAGCUGAGAGAUGGAGUCCCCACAGCCAAGCAGAACUACAAAGUCAACCCCGAGUGGCAGCAGACCCAAGAAAAGAGAGAGAGACUCAUGGCACAGCGUCACGAGGAAAUACGCCAACAGAGCCCGGGCCAGCGCCGUCGACGACGUCGUCUGCAGCCGGGAGCCCGUGUAUGGGUUCAGGACCAGACCAGCAAGGCAUGGAGUAUGGUACCGUCGUCGAGGUCCAUCCUUACCGCCAGUACGCUGUAA